AUGAUUGAUGAUGAAGUAAGGUUACCUCACUGGGUAUAUACGUUGUCGUUUUACUCAUCAAUCAUAUCUUCGUUAAUAGUUGUGUUAUCUAUAUUCUUACAUUUAAUGAAUUAUAGACGACCUUUCCAACAGAGAUUAAUGAUAAGAAUCCAAUUGAUAAUACCAUUAUUUGCCUUAUCAUGCUACUGUAUGCUUAUAAAUUCAGAAUCUUAUUUCAAUAAGUUUAUACUAGAACCUGUGAGAGAAAUCUAUGAAGCAUUUGUGAUCUAUACAUUUUUUUCAUUGUUGUCAGAUAUGUUAGGUGGUGAAAGGGCAAUUAUAAUUCGAACAAGUGGAAGAAAACCUGUUAGUCAUCCUGGACUCUUGAAAUACGUGUUCCACGAUGUAGAUAUUUCAGAUUCAACUACAUUUCUCAUCUUUAAAAGAGGAAUCUUACAAUAUGUGUGGAUCAAACCUUUCCUUUGUUUUGGUAUUUUAUUCACAGAGUUCUUAGGAGUUUAUAAUAUCAAUGCUAUUAGUGCAGAGUCUAUGUAUCUUUGGUUAAUGAUUAUAUACAACACAAGUGUCAGUAUAUCACUUUAUUGUUUGGCAAUGUUUUGGAAAAUUCUAUGGGAUGAUUUAAAACCUUUCAACCCUGUAGGGAAGUUUUUAUGUGUUAAGUUGAUAAUUUUUGCUUCUUAUUGGCAAGGGAUCUUAUUGGCCAUACUAAAUUACUUUGGCCUUAUUCCUGGAUCUGAGAAUACUGAUGCUUCUAAAGCAAAUUCUAAUAUUGGCUUAUCCAUACAGAAUGCUUUACUUUGUUUUGAAUUGAUCUUCUUUGCUGCUGGUCAUUGGGUUUCUUUUACUUAUAAACCUUUCACCUUAUCACAAAUCCCGAAUGCAAGAUUAAAAUUCUACUACGCAUUGAGAGAUAUGUUUGGUAUUAAGGAUUUAAUACAAGAUUUCAAAUUGACCUUUUAUGGUGACCAUUACAAGGACUAUAAGGCUUUUGACUCAGUCAAUGCAUUAGUUCAACAUCCUUCCUCAAAAUCAAGAAUGAAAAAAAUCAACCAAGGGUUGAGAUAUCAUUUUGAUGGUAAGCAUAAACAUUGGGUAGCUUUCAAUCACAACGAUAGUAAAUCUAUCAUAGAGAAUGCCACCAUAGGUUCAGAUUCAUUAUAUGCACCAUCAAUUAACACCUCAACUCGUGGAAUCCAUACCACUUCUCCAAAGAGUCAAUCUCCUCCCACAUCCCCUGUUAUUGGAUCAUCAAUAUUUUCAGGAUCAGAAGUUCUCGGAGGUUUCCCCAUAACCGAGUCCCUUAACAAUGAAGAAUUUAAUUACGAUAAUGAAAUGUUAGAAGAAGAUGAAAAUUUUUACCAUUCAGCUUAUAAUACCAUUAAUAACUAUAGAUUAGACCAAACAGAAGUCAAAGAGAUAAUUAAUUAUCCCGUAGUGGAGAAUAUAGUUGACAGUCAUUUAUAUGGCUAUAAAGUUAGAAAGUUACGAGAAUCUAGAAAGUCUCUGGUUGAAAGAGGUAGAAGUUUAACUAGAUCAAAUUACGAUUAUGGUAGUGUGUAA